CGCGCGGGCCCAGCUGACAGCGGCUCCGGCAUGUCGGCUCCGGACUCCAGCAGUGGCCCCGCAGGGCAGCCGGCCCCAUUUCCCACCGCCCCCCCGAUGAUGCCUCCACCCUUCAUGCCUCCUCCUGGAAUCCCCCCUCCCUUCCCCCCCAUGGGACUCCCUCCUAUCAGGCAGAGACCGCCAGCGAUGCCCCCCAUGCCCCCUGGCAUGAUGCCGCCUCUGCUCCCACCCAUGGCAGGGCCUCCACCCAUAGGACAGAUGCCACCCAUGGUGCCUCCUAUGAUGCCAGGGAUGCUGAUGCCGGGGGUGCCAGCUGGUCCUGUUCCUGGUGUGGCGGCUCCUGGGACAGACCCAAUUGGCGCUGCUCCGGCUCAGCCAGCACCCACGCUCCCGAAUCCCAUGGUGGCCGCCGUCCGGCAGAGCCUGAUGAGCAGCGGCUCCCCCAUGCAGGACGCCCCCCACAAGAAGCCUCCGUGGAGUGAGCACAGGGCCCCAGACGGGCGCGUUUACUACUACAACUGCAGCUCCAAGCAGUCCACCUGGGAGAAGCCGGAUGAGCUGAAGUCCAAAGCAGAGCUGCUGCUCUCCCAGUGUCCCUGGAGGGAGUACAAGUCGGACACAGGCAAGUCCUACUACUACAACUCCCAGAGCAAGGAGUCACGCUGGACCAAGCCCCGGGACCUGGACGAGCUGGAGGCACUCAUCGACGAGGAGGCUGGGAAGCAGCAGGAGACGCCAUCAGCCGCCUCGAGCCCCAGCCUGUCCUCGGCUGCUACCACGGACACAGAGACUGCGGGUGGGGAGGAGCAGGAGACGCCUGCGCUGGGGAGCGCGGCCGAACGCCUGGAGGAAGCAGCCCUGCAGCAGGAGGAAGUGACCAGCAGUGGCGACCCUGGCCGGCGGGAGGAGGAGGAGGAGGGGGGGGCCGGGGAGAGGUGCACCUGCAACUGGAGCACCAAGGAUGAGGCCAAGCUGGCCUUUAAGGAGCUGCUGAAGGACAAGGGCGUCCCAUCCAACACGUCGUGGGAGCUGGCCAUGAAGAUGAUCGUGGACGAUCCGCGGUACAGUGCCCUGCCCAAGUUGAGCGAGAAGAAGCAAGCCUUCAAUGCCUACAAGGCCCAGCGGGAGAAGGAGGAGAAGGAGGAGGCUCGGCUGAGGGCCAAGGAGGCCAAGGAGGAGCUGCAGCGAUUCCUGGAGCAGCACGAGCGGAUGAGCUCCAUCACCCGCUACAGGAAAGCUGAGCAGAUGUUCGGGGAGCAAGAGGUUUGGGCUGUGGUCCCCGAGCGUGACCGCAAGGAGAUCUACGACGACGUGCUGUUCUUCCUGGCCAAGAAGGAGAAGGAACACGCCAAGCAGCUGCGCAAGCGGAACAUCCAGGCGCUGAAGAACAUCCUGGACAGCAUGAGCAACGUCAGCUUCCAGACCACCUGGUCCGAGGCCCAGCAGUACCUGAUGGACAACCCCACCUUCGCCGAGGACCAGGACCUGCAGAACAUGGACAAGGAGGAUGCACUGAUCUGCUUCGAGGAGCACAUCCGCACGCUGGAGAAGGAGGAGGAGGAAGAGAAGGAGAAGACAAGGCUGCGUGAGAGGCGCCAGCAGCGGAAGAACAGAGAGGCCUUCCAGAAUAACAGGCUGCUUCUUGCCCAGGCCUUUCUGGAUGAGCUGCACGACAAGGGGCAGCUGCACUCCAUGUCCACCUGGAUGGAGCUGUACCCCUCACUCAGCGCCGACGCCCGCUUUGCCAACAUGCUGGGCCAGCCUGGCUCCACCCCCCUGGACUUGUUUAAAUUCUACGUGGAGGAUCUCAAGGCUCGUUUCCAUGACGAGAAGAAGAUCAUCAAGGACAUCUUAAAGGAUCGCGGCUUCAGCGUGGAGGUGACCACAACCUUCGAGGACUUCGCUCACGUGAUCAGCUUUGACAAGAGGGCAGCCACGCUGGACACGGGCAACAUCAAACUCACCUUUAAUAGUCUGCUGGAGAAGGCUGAGGCGCGGGAGCGGGAGCGGGAGAAGGAGGAAGUGCGCAAGCUGCGCCGCCGGGAAGCAGCCUUCAAGAGCAUGCUGAAGCAGGCAGCCCCAGCCCUGGAGCCAGGCUCCUCCUGGGCCGAGGUGCGGGACCGCUUCGUCAGUGACCUGGCCUUCGAGCAGAUCACGCUGGAGUCGGAACGGAUCCGGCUCUUCAGGGAGUUCCUCCAGGUGGUGGAGAACGAGUGCCAGCACUACCACGCCAAGGCCAAGAAACACGCCAAGAGAGGCAGGAAGCACCACCGGAAGCGUUCGCAGUCGAUCUCAGCUCCCGCAAGGCCAGGAAACAGAAGAAGAAAAGCAAGAAGAGGAGGCACAAAUCGAACAGCCCCCAGAGCGAGGGCGAGCGGGGCAGGAAGGGGAAGGAGAAGGAGCCGGAGCGGGCAGAGGGCCGACGGCGCUCCCCCCAGCGCAGCCUCAAGAGGGAGAAGAGCGUCUGGGACACGUCGGACAGCGAGCCGAGCGAGGGCGAGCUGGAGAAGCGGCGUCGGACACUGCUGCAGCAGCUGGACGACGAUCAGUAGCCAGGUCUGCGGGACUGUCGCUCAGCUGGGGCUCCCUCAGCUCCCCACCCCUCUCCCCAGCCUGGGGAGAGGCUCCGGACAGCUCGAUGCGGGCGGGGGGCUCCUGAGAGAGCAGAGAGGGGGCCCCGCUCCACCCAGGACUCCUUCCCCCCAUCCCUGCGGAUCCCCCCCGCACCUGAGGACCCAUCGCCCCUGGGGCUGCUGUGACCACCUCUGCUUGGCUGGCCCCUCGGCGCUCAGAGGACCGGCCCCAGGACAGCGGCGCUUUGGAGGGGGUUCGAAUGCGGCUCUCACAGGUGGUUCUGUGGCUGCGCUGAGGAUCAUGGGUGCCUGGGGCGCCCUGCGGGGUUGGCUGCGGGGGCGUGUGCUGCUGAGUAGCCGGGACCCUCGGCCUGCUCGUACUCUGGGAAUUAAAGGGGUUUUUAAAAUAAUAUUUAUAAAUGUGGCCUGGCGGCUGCCAUCUCAUCAUACAUUGCACAUGUCCAGACUGGCCUGGCCCAGCCCCCAAGGAGCUGACGGGGGGUGGGCUCUGUCAUGUGACAGGGAAUUGGCUGCACCCCCCCAGGCCUCUGCUGAGCGCAGGCCCCAUCACCCUUGGCCCAGUGCAAGGAGCUGAGCCCGAUGGCCGCAUGGGAUCCAAGCCUGGGGGCUGUUCAGGGCCGGAGCCCCCUGGGGUUGGGGGCUGACAUGGAGCCUCCCCUGGCAGAGUGCAGCUGGCAGGCUUGGCCUGUUGGUGCUGGGGUGGGCAUGCAGGUGCCUGCUCAACUCCAGGCCGUUGGGAGCCCCAAGGAGCUGGGAAAUGGGGCCCACACUGGGAGAUCAAACCUCCUUGUGGGGAGCAGACCCCUGAGAAGAGGCAGGAGGCCGGCUCUGGUGGUCUCCAGCCCUGGGGCUUGUGCCAGCCCCGCGUGGGGUCGUAGGGCACAGAGGGGGGCACUGGGUAUAGAAAACCCUAAACACCAACCAGGGAGGGGAGCUUGGCCACCCCAGAGACAAACGCCCUCCCAGGUGGCCUUGGCUGCACCCGCAGGUGUACAGGGCUCGGCUCAUGGGAUGUCACAGCUUGGCCUUGGGCCCCACCUAUGCACUGGGGGAACCAACCUGCCCCACUUCCAUCAUCGCUGGUUUCACCCAUGAGUGCGUCGGAGCCAGGCCAGUCCUGGUGGCUGCAGCUCCCUGCCCCCUAGGCUCUAGCUACCCCCCCACAUGCUGCGAGGGGAGGGUGAGGUGCUGGGUAAGCUUCCCCAGCAUCAAUGCAGGCUGAGCACAGCUCACAGCCUGGCUUUCCCAGGCCGCAGCUGGGUGUUUCCGUGGGCUUGCCCGGCGUUAGGAACGGUGCACAGCAGGCAGCACACAACAGUCAGUAUAUUUCACAUGUACAAAAAGUCACACUUAGCUACAGAGCGCUGAUGGCGAGGCUGAACCCAGUGGGGGGGGCAGCGGCCCUGCUCCAGCCACUGCCUGGGCCUUGGUCCCUUUUGUUCCAAUAGUGUUCGUGUAGCCCUGGGCACUGGGGCAGCAGCUCAAGGCCCAGGGCUGCGAGUGAGACAGGAAGGGUGUGGGGUAAAGUGCUGGUCUGCUCUGAAAAACACCCCGGGCCGAGGGUGGGAAAGUGUGUGUGGGGGGGGGGGGCUGAUUCCCAGCGCAGCUCCCUUAUGGGGUUCGGGACAGCCUCCCAUGCUGCUGGCCACCGACGGACGAGGACGAGCGUGUGGAUUAGGAGCUCUUCCAGGCAGGGCACAGCUGCUGAUGGGGGCAGGGUGAGGGCUGAGGCCUUGUGCCACGACUGUGAUGGGGGUGAGUGUCUUUGGUUUAGUGGCUGCCACAGAACGUGUCCCCAAGGCCCACUAGCAUUGCUGCCAGGCUGCUGACAUGCCCUCCCCCAAGCUGGAGCUGAAACGGGGUUGCAGAUUUUUUUUCACAGCCGGAGAGCUCAAGGGAUUUUGUUUGGUUCAGGUGGCUGGACCAGGGCCCACGGGGGCACUUCACCGCUGUG